CAUUUUGGAGCCCUGUGUCAUGUCUGAAUCCGUCGCUUCUGUCAACUCCACGAUUAUUUUGGAGGUCAUUGUCUUUGGGUGUUCAUGCGUGCCAGUCUUUGCUGUAAAUUGUUACCCUAGCAAUGGAAUUUCAUUAUAUAAACCCACCAAGGACGCUUGGCCAGCAUAUCAAAUCUCUUCCUGGUACCAUUUCCAAUAGAAUCCUAAUCCUCCAACGCCAUGGAUUCAGCGAACCCCGAAUUGGAAGCUUGGUCUUCGGAACUCUGCGACUGCUUCUCUGACUGCUUCACCUCGAACCCCAAAUUGGAAGCUUGGUCUUCGGGACUCUGCGACUGCUUCUCUGACUGCUCCACCCGUUGCUUGACGAUUUGGUGUCCAUGCAUCACUUUUGGCCGAGUUGCUGAGAUUGCAGACCGAGGAUAUACUUCUUGUGCUACAGCAGGAGUACUUUAUCUUCUACUUGGUGCGGUAACUGGUUUAACAUUUUGCUACACUUGCUGUUAUCGCAAAAAGAUGCGGCAACAGUUCAAGCUAGAAGAGACCCCUUGUUGCGACUGCUUGGUUCAUUUUUUCUGCCAAGCCUGUGCCCUUUGUCAAGAAUAUCGCGAGCUCAAAAGACGUGGAUUUGACAUGUCUAUUGGAUGGCAUGGUAAUAUGGAAAGGCAAAAUCGGGGAGUGGCCAUGGAAGCUGUUCCUCCUUUUGUGGAAGGUGGCAUGAAAAGGUAGAAAAUCUUCUGCGGGAGAAAUGUAUUAUAUUUCUUAAGUUAAUUUUAAUUUUAAAUAUUUAAUUAGUUAUUUAAAUAAUAUAUAAAAUAAUAUUUAAUUAUAUAAUAAUAUAUCAUCUAAAUAUUUCAAAAUUAUUUAUGUAUAUAUAUAUCAUUACUGUUAUAGUAGGGUAAUGACAUAAUAAAAAUUUGUUAGUGUGGGUGGAUUUAGGAGGUUUGUUUUGCGCAUUUGAUGUAAUAAAUAUGAACCAAUUUGGCACUUGUUUAUCAGAAUUUAGAGUCGUGUGAUUA